AUGGAAGACUCGUGGGAGAGUUGGAUUUCUUCUUUGGAAAUGGGUGAGACCAAAUCCAUUGGUCAAUCUUACAUUAACUCACUUGAUCAAGAUAAGUUCCUGAAUGAGAUUGACACCACCAUGGGAAGUAGUAGCUUGUCCUGCGAAGAUGCAAGCUUUGAUGAGAGGCAAGGGAAGAUGCUCAAGAGUAAUAGCUCAACCUCCAUCAUUUCUCAAGAUGUUGCUAACAAUGCUUCUUCAGCACCAUCCUCGACAUUCCCCUUCAUUUUGUCCUUUGAAAACUCAUCUGUGAAACCUUCCCUCCAUCAUAGACCUAAUGAAACUGGUAAUUCCCCUAACCAUUUUGCUCCAUGUUCUUCACUUUUGACCUCAGAAAGUGGCCAUGUCACCAAACCAAAGGCCAAACAAGGAGGUCCCAAGAAGCAUAGAAGCUCAUCUGAGAUCCAAGAUCACAUCAUGGCUGAGAGAAAAAGGAGACAAGAACUCACUGAAAAGUUCAUUGCACUUUCUGCCACCAUACCAGGAUUGAAGAAGGAUGACAUGGGAGAGACAGACAAGGCCUAUGUACUUAGAGAAGCAAUCAUAUACAUGAAACAACUUCAAGAGAGAGUGAAGGAGCUUGAGAAUCAGAACAAGAGAAAAACAGCAGAUUCAAGAAUAUUGGUCAAGAAAUAUUUCCAAGUGUGCUCAAGAGAAGAACAAAUCAUCACAUCAUAUGAUGAAACCAAGUCUCAUAGAUCAACACCUUCACUACCUCAGGUUGAAGCAAGAGUGAUGGAAAAGGAGGUUCUCAUUGGAAUCCACUGCCACAUACAGAAGGACAUUGUGCUCAAAAUCAUGGCCUUCCUCCAAAAUCAUCAUCUCUCUCUUGUUAGCAGCAGUGUGUUGCCCUUUGGGACUUCCACUCUCAAAGUUACAGUCAUUGCCCAGAUGGGAGAAAAAUACUGCACGACCAUGACUGAUCUUGUAAAAAGCCUGAGACAACAUAUCUCGUGA